AUGAGUAGUCCUUCUUUGGAGGACACCAGUUCCUCAUCCCCCACAUCAUCAAGGCAGACCACCACGAAAAAAACACAAGGCACCACAGACGAAGGAGGACGAUUCUCAAGCACAACUGCAGACAGGACCUCCUGGGUCUCCAGCACACGGCUCACACCCACACCAGCUGAGAUUACCAGCGAAAGAACAGAGGCCAGUAGCCCGUCAACCACCACCGAAGGAGGGCCCGGUACUGCUGAAAUUUUGACCGGAACGCCAUCGGAUGGCAGCAGCACCGAAGAAGUGAGUGGAAGCACAACGGAAGCCUUGACAACCACCCAUCCUGAAACAAGCACUUCUCUUCUCAUCACAAGCAUCACAGAAAGAAAAAGCACACCAGGAGAAACUGAGACCACUCCAACCACCGAGCUCCCAAGCUCCACGCAACCAACCACCACUGAGAUGUCCAGCGAAAGAACAGAGGUCGGUAGCCUGUCAACCACCACCGAAGAAGGGCCCGGUACUGCUGAAAUUUUGACCGGAACGCCAUCGGAUGGCAGCAGCACCGAAGAAGUGAGUGGAAGCACAACGGAAGCCUUGACAACCACCCAUCCUGAAACAAGCACUUCUUCUCUUCUCAUCACAAGCAUCACAGCAGGAAAAAGCACACCGGGAGAAACUGAGACCACUCCAACCACCGAGCUCCCAAGCUCCACGCAACCAACCACCACUGAAAUGACCAGCGAAAGAACAGAGGCCAGUAGCCCGUCAACCACCACCGAAGAAGGGCCCGGUACUGCUGAAAUUUUGACCGGAACGCCAUCGGAUGGCAGCAGCACCGAAGAAACCACCACCAAAAAAACACAAGGCACCACAGACGAAGGAGGACGAUUCUCAAGCACAACUGCAGAGAGGACCUCCUGGGUCUCCAGCACACGGCUCACACCCACACCAGCUGAGAUGACCAGCGAAAAAACAGAGGCCAGUAGCCCGUCAACCACAACCGAAGAAGGGCCCGGUACUGCUGAAAUUUUGACCGGAACGCCAUCGGAUGGCAGCAGCACCGAAGAAGUGAGUGGAAGCACAACGGAAACCUUGACAUCCACCCAUCGUGAAACAAGCACUUCUUCUCUUCUCAUCACAAGCAUCACAGCAGGAAAAAGCACACCGGGAGAAACUGAGACCACUCCAACCACCGAGCUCCCAAGCUCCACGCAACCAACCACCAGUACCCACGCUUUGCCCACCACCACCCCGUCAACGGGGAUUACUCUGGGUGGAACUGAGCCGAGCACCUCCAGUGGCCUCACCAGCACUCAAGGGGUAGAGAGUAGUCCUUCUUUGGAGGACACCAGUUCCUCAUCCCCCACAUCAUCAAGGCCGACCACCACCAAAAAAACACAAGGCACCACAGACGAAGGACGACGAUUCUCAAGCACAACUGCAGACAGGACCUCCUGGGUCUCCAGCACACGGCUCACACCCACACCAGCUGAGAUGACCAGCGAAAAAACAGAGGCCAGUAGCCCGUCAACCACCACCGAAGGAGGGCCCGGUACUGCUGAAAUUUUGACCGGAACGCCAUCGGAUGGCAGCAGCACCGAAGAUGUGAGUGGAAGCACAACGGAAGCCUUGACAACCACCCAUCCUGAAAGAAGCACUUCUUCUCUUCUCAUCACAAGCAUCACAGCAGGAGAAAGCACACCGGGAGAAACUGAGACCACUCCAACCACCGAGCUCCCAAGCUCCACGCAACCAACCACCACUGAAAUGACCAGCGAAAGAACAGAGGCCAGUAGCCCGUCAACCACCACCGAAGAAGGGCCCGGUACUGCUGAAAUUUUGACCGGAACGCCAUCGGAUGGCAGCAGCACCGAAGAAACCACCACCAAAAAAACACAAGGCACCACAGACGAAGGAGGACGAUUCUCAAGCACAACUGCAGAGAGGACCUCCUGGGUCUCCAGCACACGGCUCACACCCACACCAGCUGAGAUGACCAGCGAAAAAACAGAGGCCAGUAGCCCGUCAACCACAACCGAAGAAGGGCCCGGUACUGCUGAAAUUUUGACCGGAACGCCAUCGGAUGGCAGCAGCACCGAAGAAGUGAGUGGAAGCACAACGGAAACCUUGACAUCCACCCAUUGUGAAACAAGCACUUCUUCUCUUCUCAUCACAAGCAUCACAGCAGGAAAAAGCACACCGGGAGAAACUGAGACCACUCCAACCACCGAGCUCCCAAGCUCCACGCAACCAACCACCAGUACCCACGCUUUGCCCACCACCACCCCGUCAACGGGGAUUACUCUGGGUGGAACUGAGCCGAGCACCUCCAGUGGCCUCACCAGCACUCAAGGGGUAGAGAGUAGUCCUUCUUUGGAGGACACCAGUUCCUCAUCCCCCACAUCAUCAAGGCCGACCACCACCAAAAAAACACAAGGCACCACAGACGAAGGAGGACGAUUCUCAAGCACAACUGCAGACAGGACCUCCUGGGUCUCCAGCACACGGCUCACACCCACACCAGCUGAGAUGACCAGCGAAAAAACAGAGGCCAGUAGCCCGUCAACCACCACCGAAGGAGGGCCCGGUACUGCUGAAAUUUUGACCGGAACGCCAUCGGAUGGCAGCAGCACCGAAGAUACCACCACCAAAAAAACACAAGGCACCACAGACGAAGGAGGACGAUUCUCAAGCACAACUGCAGAGAGGACCUCCUGGGUCUCCAGCACACGGCUCACACCCACACCAGCUGAGAUGACCAGCGAAAAAACAGAGGCCAGUAGCCCGUCAACCACAACCGAAGAAGGGCCCGGUACUGCUGAAAUUUUGACCGGAACGCCAUCGGAUGGCAGCAGCACCGAAGAAGUGAGUGGAAGCACAACGGAAACCUUGACAUCCACCCAUCGUGAAACAAGCACUUCUUCUCUUCUCAUCACAAGCAUCACAGCAGGAAAAAGCACACCGGGAGAAACUGAGACCACUCCAACCACCGAGCUCCCAAGCUCCACGCAACCAACCACCAGUACCCACGCUUUGCCCACCACCACCCCGUCAACGGGGAUUACUCUGGGUGGAACUGAGCCGAGCACCUCCAGUGGCCUCACCAGCACUCAAGGGGUAGAGAGUAGUCCUUCUUUGGAGGACACCAGUUCCUCAUCCCCCACAUCAUCAAGGCCGACCACCACCAAAAAAACACAAGGCACCACAGACGAAGGAGGACGAUUCUCAAGCACAACUGCAGACAGGACCUCCUGGGUCUCCAGCACACGGCUCACACCCACACCAGCUGAGAUGACCAGCGAAAAAACAGAGGCCAGUAGCCCGUCAACCACCACCGAAGGAGGGCCCGGUACUGCUGAAAUUUUGACCGGAACGCCAUCGGAUGGCAGCAGCACCGAAGAUGUGAGUGGAAGCACAACGGAAGCCUUGACAACCACCCAUCCUGAAAGAAGCACUUCUUCUCUUCUCAUCACAAGCAUCACAGCAGGAGAAAGCACACCGGGAGAAACUGAGACCACUCCAACCACCGAGCUCCCAAGCUCCACGCAACCAACCACCACUGAGAUGACCAGCGAAAAAACAGAGGCCAGUAGCCCGUCAACCACCACCGAAGAAGGGCCCGGUACUGCUGAAAUUUUGACCGGAACGCCAUCGGAUGGCAGCAGCACCGAAGAAACCACCACCAAAAAAACACAAGGCACCACAGACGAAGGAGGACGAUUCUCAAGCACAACUGCAGACAGGACCUCCUGGGUCUCCAGCACACGGCUCACACCCACACCAGCUGAGAUGACCAGCGAAAAAACAGAGGCCAGUAGCCCGUCAACCACAACCGAAGAAGGGCCCGGUACUGCUGAAAUUUUGACCGGAACGCCAUCGGAUGGCAGCAGCACCGAAGAAGUGAGUGGAAGCACAACGGAAACCUUGACAACCACCCAUCGUGAAACAAGCACUUCUUCUCUUCUCAUCACAAGCAUCACAGCAGGAAAAAGCACACCGGGAGAAACUGAGACCACUCCAAUCACCGAGCUCCCAAGCUCCACGCAACCAACCACCAGUACCCACGCUUUGCCCACCACCACCCCGUCAACGGGGAUUACUCUGGGUGGAACUGAGCCGAGCACCUCCAGUGGCCUCACCAGCACUCAAGGGGUGGAGAGUAGUCCUUCUUUGGAGGACACCAGUUCCUCAUCCCCCACAUCAUCAAGGCCGACCACCACCAAAAAAACACAAGGCACCACAGACGAAGGAGGACGAUUCUCAAGCACAACUGCAGACAGGACCUCCUGGGUCUCCAGCACACGGCUCAUACCCACACCAGCUGAGAUGACCAGCGAAAAAACAGAGGCCAGUAGCCCGUCAACCACCACCGAAGGAGGGCCCGGUACUGCUGAAAUUUUGACCGGAACGCCAUCGGAUGGCAGCAGCACCGAAGAUGUGAGUGGAAGCACAACGGAAGCCUUGACAACCACCCAUCCUGAAAGAAGCACUUCUUCUCUUCUCAUCACAAGCAUCACAGCAGGAAAAAGCACACCGGGAGAAACUGAGACCACUCCAGCCACCGAGCUCCAAAGCUCCACGCAACCAACCACCAGUACCCACGCUUUGCCCACCACCACCCCGCAGACCACCACCAAAAAAACACAAGGCACCACAGACGAAGGAGGACGAUUCUCAAGCACAACUGCAGAGAGGACCUCCUGGGUCUCCAGCACACGGCUCACACCCACACCAGCUGAGAUGACCAGCGAAAAAACAGAGGCCAGUAGCCCGUCAACCACAACCGAAGAAGUGCCCGGUACUGCUGAAAUUUUGACCGGAACGCCAUCGGAUGGCAGCAGCACCGAAGAAGUGAGUGGAAGCACAACGGAAACCUUGACAACCACCCAUCGUGAAACAAGCACUUCUUCUCUUCUCAUCACAAGCAUCACAGCAGGAAAAAGCACACCGGGAGAAACUGAGACCACUCCAACCACCGAGCUCCCAAGCUCCACGCAACCAACCACCAGUACCCACGCUUUGCCCACCACCACCCCGUCAACGGGGAUUACUCUGGGUGGAACUGAGCCGAGCACCUCCAGUGGCCUCACCAGCACUCAAGGGGUAGAGAGUAGUCCUUCUUUGGAGGACACCAGUUCCUCAUCCCCCACAUCAUCAAGGCCGACCACCACCAAAAAAACACAAGGCACCACAGACGAAGGAGGACGAUUCUCAAGCACAACUGCAGACAGGACCUCCUGGGUCUCCAGCACACGGCUCACACCCACACCAGCUGAGAUGACCAGCGAAAAAACAGAGGCCAGUAGCCCGUCAACCACCACCGAAGAAGGGCCCGGUACUGCUGAAAUUUUGACCGGAACGCCAUCGGAUGGCAGCAGCACCGAAGAAGUGAGUGGAAGCACAACGGAAGCCUUGACAACCACCCAUCCUGAAACAAGCACUUCUUCUCUUCUCAUCACAAGCAUCACAGCAGGAAAAAGCACACCGGGAGAAACUGAGACCACUCCAACCACCGAGCUCCAAAGCUCCACGCAACCAACCACCAGUACCCACGCUUUGCCCACCACCACCCCGUCAACGGGGAUUACUCCGGGUGGAACUGAGCCCAGCACCUCCAGAGGCCUCACCAGCACUCAAGGGGUAGAGAGUAGUCCUUCUUUGGAGGACACCAGUUCCUUAUCCCCCACAUCAUCAAGGCAGACCACCACCAAAAAAACACAAGGCACCACAGACGAAGGAGGACGAUUCUCAAGCACAACUGCAGACAGGACCUCCUGGGUCUCCAGCACACGGCUCACACCCACACCAGCUGAGAUGACCAGCGAAAGAACAGAGGCUGAUAGCCCGUCAACCACCACCGAAGAAGGGCCCGGUACUGCUGAAAUUUUGACCGGAACGCCAUCGGAUGGCAGCAGCACCGAAGAAGUGAGUGGAAGCACAACGGAAGCCUUGACAACCACCCAUCCUGAAACAAGCACUUCUUCUCUUCUCAUCACAAGCAUCACAGCAGGAAAAAGCACACCGGGAGAAACUGAGACCACUGCAACCACCGAGCUCCCAAGCUCCACGCAACCAACCACCAGAGUAGAGAGCAGUCCUUCUGUGGAGAACACCAGUUCCUCAUCCCCCACAUCAUCAGUGCAGACCACCACCAAGACAACACAAAACACCCCAGGACAAGGAGGAGGAUUCUCAAGUACGACUCCAGAGAGAACCUCCUUGGUCUCCAGCACAAGGCUCACACCUACACCAGGUGAGAUGACCAGCAAAAGAACAGAGGCCAGUAGUUCAUCAACCACCACUCCAAGCCCUUCCAUGAUUCUGUCAACAGCCUCCAGCAUCUUCACAACCAUGCAUGUGGAUGACACCACCAUUACAACCAUGUCAGCAGUCCUCAGCUCCUCCACAACGACGUCCAGACUUCCAAGCCCUUCCACAAUGAUAUCAACAGUCCCCAGCAUCUCUACAACCACAGCAGUGAUCUCAAGCACCUCCACCACCACAGUCCCAGGCACUUCCAUGACCACAUUGACCGUCCCUAUCAUCUCUACAACUACACCUGUGGUCUCAAGCUCCUCCACCUCCACAGUUCCUUUCACAACCACAUCAACAGUCCCCAGAAUCUCCUCGACCUCAUCAGUGGUCUCAGGCACCUCCACUUCCACAGUUCCAACUUCUUCUAUGACCGCAUCAGCAGCGCACAGCAUCCCCACAAUCACACCAGUGGUGUCAAGCACCUCUACCGUCACAGUUCCAAGUUCUUCCACGACCACAUCAACAGUCCCCAGAAUCUCCACGACCACACCAGUGGUCUCAAGCACCUCCAUCUCCACAGUUCCAAGUUCUUCCAUGACCACAUCAAUAGUCCCCAGCAUCUCCACGACCACACCGGUGGUCUCAAGCACCUCCACCUCCACAGUUCCAAGUUCUUCCACGACCACAUCAACAGUCCCCAGCAUCUCCACAACCACACCAGUGGUCUCAAGCACCUCCACCUCCACAGUUCCAAGUUCUUCUAUGACUACAUCAACAGUCCCCAGCAUCUCCACGACCACACCAGUGGUCUCAAGCACCUCCACUUCCACAGUUCCAAGUUCUUCCACGACCACAUCAACAGUCCCCAGCAUCUCCACGACCACACCAGUGGUCUCAAGCACCUCCACAGUUCCAAGUUCUUCCACGACGACAUCAACAGUCUCCAGCACCUCCAGGACCACACCAGUGGUCUCAAGCACCUCCACCUUCACAGUUCCAAGUUCUUCCACGACCACAUCAACAGUCUCCAGCAUCUCCACGACCACACCAGUGGUCUCAAGCACCUCCACAGUUCCAAGUUCUUCCACAACUACAUCAACAAUUCCCAGCAUCUUCACGACCACACAAGUGGUCUCUAGCACCUCCACCUCCACAGUUCCAAGUUCUUCCACGACCACAUCGACAGUCCCCAGGAUAUCCACAACCACACCAGUGGUCUCAAGUACCUCCACCUCCACAGUUCCAAGUUCUUCCACGACCACAUCAACAGUCCCCAGCAUCUCCACGACUAGGUCUGUGGUCCUCAAAACCACUACAAUGAUGCCAGCAGUCCUCAGCACCUCCACGACGAGGUCCACAGUUCCAAGCCCUUCUACAACCACAUCAACAGUCCCCACCACUACCACAUCGACAGUUCUCAGUACUUCUACAACCACAUCCACUGCCCCCACCACCUCGACAACCACUGUUGAGCUUUGCCUCAAUGGAGGAUUCCAUGACGGAGUGAAGUGUAUCUGUCCUGAGGACUUAUUCUACGGGCCCAAGUGUGAAUUCCAAGUUCCAGAGAUCACAGUGACAGAGGUGCCUGUGGCUGUGGCCGUGGAAGCCCAAGUGAGGAUCACCAACCGGAACUACACCGAAGAGCUCCAGGACCCCGGCUCAGAAGAGUACCAAGAACUGGAGGAGGACUUCAAGGCGAAGAUGGGUGAGGUUUAUAAGGACAUCCCUGGGUACCGCGAGGUGGUGAUCCUGCGAUUCAGGAGUGGCAGCGUCAUUGUGGACCACGAGGUUGUUGUGGACACCAUUGUGAAGAAUAACAUGAGCACAAUUGAGGUGACCAUCCGAAAUGUGACAGAGGCUGUGCGGGACCAGCUGGUUAGUUUGAACUCCACGGAGGAGGAGGAGGGCUGCUCGGAGA